AAUCGGUACCCGAUCUCUUCACUCACGCUCACAUAAACACAAAAAUGGGUAAUCAUGUGCAACGAAAUUGCCAAGUUCUUAAAGAAUGUUUCUCUAACAAUCCCCGAUUCGAGUAUAAAAGAUUAAUAGCCUAUGGGAACUAUGGCUCUGCACAUCAGGUGCGGUACACUGAUGCUAGCCAACCAGACUUGAAGGAAUUCUUGGUUAAAAGGGCUUUUGAGACGCAAAAUGCGGAAGAUGCAUUGAGAGCAGAGAAAGGGUACUUAAUGAGGUUGCGCGGUAGCAGGCAUAUAGUUCAGGUUAUUGACAUUCCCGAUAACCCUCUACAAAAUGGGCCGCAAUCCAACGUUUCCGGAGAAUGGCUUAUAUUAGAAUGGAUACCAAACGGCAGCCUGAAGCGUUUCAUGGAUAAUGUCUUCGUUAUGGGAUUGGCACCACUGCCAAAUCGUUUACUCUGGAGAUUGUUCUUCUGCUUGAUACGAGCCUGUACCGCCAUGGCCUGGCCUGCUGAACGUACGGACGACUUGCUACAGGACGAAAUACCACAGGAACGUGUUCGACCCUCAACUUUGGAACAUAACGACCUCCAUCGUGGGAAUAUUCUUAUUGGAGAUUUUCUUCCCAACAUAGAGCACAGAAUUUCACCGAUCCUAAAGAUCAUCGACUUUGGUCUCACUGGCGAGUGGGCUUGGGCCCAGGGCGCAACUCCUCGCGGCGUACCGGGCAAUUUGUGGGAUGUUGGAGCAAUCAUGUCAAUGUUGAUAACAAUGGAUCCGUAUGUAAGGGUCGAACUGCCGGGCGACUGCGACCCUUACGAAUUAGAGCAUGGUUCAUUCCAGUUAAGGACACAGGCGCAUGCGAUUCUCCCGUUGAGAGUUGCAGGUCAAGGACCAUUUCCGACGGUUGACAACAUGCUGAAAAUUCACGUUGCCCAGUGUCUGGCGACAGAUCCUAGAGAUCGUCCACCCCUAGACUCCAUGCACAGUUGGAUAACGCGUGCUAUAACAACCAGAGAUGGAGAUUAUUAUGGUGUUGAUUCUGAACAGGACAGAGCGGUUGAAGAGCUCUGCAGGAGAAUCCUUUUUGAACCCCCAAUCCCUCCAGCAGGAGGAGGAGACGGCGCAGUUGGCGGAGGUGCGGAUAGGCCAAUUGAACUUUCAUAAUAAAAUGUCUACCUAGUUAGUUGCAUUAUCAUCGGCGAAGAAGAGUUGGAAACUUUUUAGGCGGUGGAAUCUCUCUUGCACAUUUUAACAAAAGGAUAAUUUGUAAACUAAAUCUC